AUGUGCCAGCCUGCACCUUCACCGGCUACACAGCGCUGGGUAGCUUCGCUCCCUCCUCGCGGCGGCUCAAGGCGACCUCUCGGCAGCUCCAGAUGGUUUCUUCGCCGACAGUGCCCACCAACAAACAGAUUGACAUCACGGUGGUGUGGGGCAUUCGCGCGCCCAAGACCAUCCCCUUGUUGGGUCCGAACGCUGAACGCUGGUCCUAUGAUCCGCACUUCCAGAUGA